GUUUGGACAGAACCAAAGUCAUUCAAUGCGGAGCGACGUACGUCGACCUUGGUGAUCUUGCUGAGUCCGUGAGGCCAAACGGCAAAAUGUCGACGAACGUAGUUGCAUGCGGGAUUGACUACAUCAACAACCACACCGAUGUGUGCGCCGACAAGACAAUCAUGCAUUACAGUGUGACCUGCAAAAUAUGGGACGGUGACUUCCACCACAAAAUCCUGAGGAAGAACUUUGCCCAACACGGUGAUUUCAAGCUCACAAUGAAGAAAUAUGUCAUGUUCCCCAUGUUCCAGGAGCUUUCACCACAUGACCCACACGACAAGUGUGGUCACCACUACGUGAUCUGUCUUGACCUGAAGAACCAACGUGUUGAGGUGCUUGAUUCAAUCCGUUCAGAAGAUGAUGCAGACCUCACCACGCAUGCUGAAUUCUUCAUUAAGAACCUCAAAGAGACAUGGCACCGUCACUAUGAACACUCAAAGGUCCAGAUCAGUCAUUUCCCGACUGAGUAUGUGGCGACUACAAAGCAAGGGAACAUGACGGACUGUGGCUUUCACGCGCUGGAGUACCUUGCGAAGUGGGAAGGCAGAAUUGUCCCCGCUAUCACAGCUGCAACGGUCGUUGAGCUCCGGAAAAUCCACACAUGGAACUGGUUGACGAAUGAAGAUUUCAACAAGCGGUCGGGAGCACACGAGUUUGUGCAGGAAGCUGUCAAGAAAGUCACCAAGAAGUACAAGUGA